UAAGUUGAAAAUGGCUUGUAACUCUUUGUGGAGCUUCGGUCAAGAUCGUCAGCAAGGCCAACAAGAAACUCUGGCGAGCAAGUUUUCAUUUUUGGCUGCUACUGCUCCGAAGCCUACAACGAAAUUCGUACACAUCAAUGGCAGCCCGAAGCAACCAGGAAAAGGUUCGAGCAGGCAAAAGCAAAAAGUAUCUAACUGUGAACCCCAAAUUGUUUCGAACCUAAUGAAGGCGGGAAAAAAAUCUGUGCCGAAAACUGGACAUGAAGCAAUUUCCAAUUUGAAAAGUGGGACUACCCAUUUUACAAAUUUAGUUGAACUGAAAAAGAAAAAAACCCGGAGAUCAUUCGUAAACGAUGAUUCCUCUGAAUAUUCAAUGUUCUCCGACAACUCCAUUGCGAACGAUAGACUGAACCAUCCGGAACAUGUGAUUCUGGACGAGGCAACUUUGGAUGAGUUGAUUCACAUGCAGCAGCAGGAAGUGUUGAAACUGGUCCAACAGAGGAAGAUCUUUGACAUACACGAUGAAGUGGCGUCUGAAGUAUACUCUCAUCAGUAUCAGUCUAAAGUGGCAGAGUACCUGGUGGAUGGAGGAAGUGUGUCGAUCACUGCAAAAAGACUUAACAUUGACUCUGUGGCACUGAAGGCUUGGAAAAACCGUCUGGUGGAGGCGAAAAUGAAGAAAAAGAAGGCAGCUAAACAGAAGAAAGAGAGACUUGCUAUGCCGAAGGCAAAAGCAGUGAAACCACCGAAAAAGAUCAAGAAACAGAGAAAAUCACUCGAAGGCGAAGAAGUGGAAGUGAUGAAGACGCGAUCAUCUGAGAAGAAAAACCAGAAUUUGGAUACCGCGAUUGAAAAAGAAGGUCCUGGAAAAGGUAAACGAGGACGUGCAAAAAAGUCACAAAAAGGAGCUGAUAAAUUGUCUGACGUGAUGGAAGUUGAUUCGACAAAAGGAACUGACGCUUUAAACGAGGACUUUUUGAUUCUAGAUAAAGAUGCGUCGGUCCACUCCUCGGAAGAAUCGAUGCUCUCUUAUGAUGAGAUUGUUCUAGAAGCAAGAAGGCGUCAGCUAGAGGAAACUAAUGAGACCAAAGUGUCACUGUUUGUAUGCAACAGUUGCAGAGAAAUAUUCAGAAGUACUGUCGACUUUCUGAAUCACGAGAGAAAUUGUGAGAAGUUUAUACCAGUGCCGUUUACGAAAGUUCAGUGAUAGCUGAAAGCUAGCUGAUAGCUUUGUUAGAUGUUUUUAAUGUAAGAUUUAGCAGUAUUUAGAGUUAGUUGAGAGCUAGCUUACUCUUGA